UGUUAUGCAAAUGCUCCAUUAUUACCCGUGGUGUUCGAAAGGACGUGGCAAAGGAACAUUUAGUAUUUAUCGGACGAAAAACCCUUACUUAUUUGCAACACAUAUUAUUAUAGCACCUGUACUUAGAAAUAAAAAGGAAUCGUGGAGGCACACAGAGUAAAGAUGAGUCAGAAUGAGCUGUUGCAAAAAGCAGAAGAUGUUGCUGAUCAAGUUUUACGGCAAUCAAAACACAUCCUUCCACACUUGGCUAGAUUUUGCUUAGUUGCAACUUUUUUUGAAGAUGGUAUUCGUAUGUGGUUCCAAUGGUCUGAGCAAAGAGAUUAUAUCGAUCACCAAUGGAGCUGUGGCUAUAUUUUAGGCACUAUGUUUGUUAUAAUUAAUUUACUUGGUCAGCUUUCUGGCUGCUUUAUGGUUCUUGCUCGUGUUAGAGUUGAAAUUGCUGUUGGUAUUCUUUUUGGUAUUAUCCUUCUCCAGACUAUCACAUAUAGUAUCCUUUGGGAUUACAAUUUCUUACUGAGAAGUUUAUCUCUUUCUGGAGGUCUUAUAUUAUUGCUGGCUGAAUCUCGCCAAGAAGCACGAAGCGUCUUUGCAGGUGUGCCUACCUUAGACACACACAACAAACCAAAAACAUACAUGCAGCUCACUGGUCGUGUUCUUUUAUUAUUGAUGUACCUCACCCUAUUAAAAUUUGACAUGUCCUUCUUCCAUAUCGUGUUUAACCUCAUCGGCACAGUAUUAAUUAUGUUGGUUACAGUUGGAUACAAAACCAAGUUGUCUGCUCUUGUCAUGGUGCUCUUUUUGUUCAUGAUUAAUGUUUAUGAAAAUGCGUUCUGGAUGGUUCCACAUUGGAAAGCCAUGCGCGAUUUCCUCAAAUACGAUUUCUUUCAAACUAUGUCUGUAAUUGGUGGAUUAUUGUUAGUUGUUGCGUUUGGACCUGGAGGUGCGAGUUUAGAUGAAACAAAGAAGAAGUGGUAAAAGAUAGGAACACUAGAUUUUGUUUUAUUCAUAGCUUCCACUAUUGCUUGUGUUUUGUCAGUUUAAAAGUGGAAGUGUCAUAAGCUGAAAUAAAAUUAGUUUGCUACGAAUGGUUCACAUACACAGGAUAUUUCAAAUAUCCUUUGUGGCUUCACAGUCAGGACAUAGUCCGCAGUCAAAUUAUAAUAACAUCGACUAGACUGUAUCAUACUUUUCUUAUGUUAGGAUUUCACCUAUUUUUAGAUAGAAGUGGCGUGUUCUUGUGAUUAAAUGAUAGAUUUCUAUUUUAAAAAUAUAAAUAUUUAUCUGUAGGCAACUUCUGUAUAUUGCUUUAGAAUUUUUUUUUUAACAUUAUACAAACAAUAAGAACAUGUAAAGAAACCCUUUAAAUUCGAGUCUAUCUUACAUUUAUAGUACCUCCGUGCACAAGUUAGAUGACAUCCACCAAGAGAGUUUUUUACAUAGUAUUUUUAAUGAAAAUAUUUAUUUCUAUCCCUCCUUUUAUGUUAAAGACCCAAUUUAUUUUUGUAAGAUAUAAUUUUGACAAUAUCAGAAGUGUGUAGGGUUUAAAUAUAUUGAAAAAAAACGUAGGAAAGUCGCGUCUUUGUUUUUAUUAAUGGUGCUGAAAAUUGCAGUUAAUUAGAUUUUUUGCACAAAUUUAUUUUCGCAAAUGAUCAAAAAUUAUUGUUAUCAACAUUGAAUGCCCGCUUAAAUGGUUUAUAGGAAAUGAAGGAGUGUCUCUGAAUAUCAUCUAGGAUCUAUGAAUAUUGCGGAAUUUAUUUUUGCGGUCAAAACUAUAUUUUUAUGUGAUAAAAUUUCUCGAAUUUUCGAAAUGUCAAAAUAUAAAAAACACGAAAAAAAUUUAAUUGGAUCAAUUAGUGUUCUGAUAGCAAAUACUGCAGACACGCAGCUUUAUCGCAGCUGUACACGUAUUUUCUUCUUCUUAACAACCGGUUUAUAACUAAUUGCACUAAAAUCUGUAAAAUAAUGGUUUUUGUUAGCCAAUGUUUUAAAUUUUUUACGCGUCUGUUCUUUUGUAAGAAUAUGCGUGAAAAUGAAAUCAAGCUACGGUUUUAGGUUAAAAAAUCAGGUCUGUUUUUUGGAAAUAAGAAUAAUGGCUAGGUUGGUUAGACUUUGGAUAUUCUUAUAGAAAAAGCGUGUAUCUGAUAAAAUCGUUGAACUUAUUCAUGAGACAUUUUUUCCCUUCUUAUCAAUGAGAAGUAUGUCAUUAAAAGUUGUUUGUCUCAAGUUCUUUAAGAUUAAGAUCUUUAGUAACGCUAUUAUUCAGAGUUCUCUAAGAGAAGUGUCCAUGAUGUAGAAAAUAAUGAUUGUCAUUUCUUGGUUUGUGCAAUUAUUAUGUCAAUCAAUAAACGUAAAUGUAAACAAAAUUGUGGAAUGUUAGAUUUGCGAAAAUAAUUAUUUGCAAAAAAUCUAAAAAUAACCCAUUCGCAAAAAAAUAUUCUUCGCUAAAUACCUAAAAUAAGCCAAUUCGCGGAAAUAUCUUAUUUUUACUAAUUCGCAAAAAUUAAUCUUUGCCAAAUGCUUUUUUUUGACAUCGCGAAAGUACGUCUUCAAUCAAUUUUAUAUUGGAAAUUUGAGAUUAAAAAAAAUAUUUCGCCCUUUCUUUUGAAAGAAUAUACGUGGAAAGGAAAUCAAGCUACUGUUUCAGGUUAAAAAACCAGGCCUGUUGUUUAGAAAUAAGAAUAAUGACCAGACUGGUUAAAAUUUGGAUAUCUCUUUAAUAAUAGCCGUAUUUUGUCUGUCUGUCCGCGAAAGAUGCGUCCCGUAACGGAAACACGAAAUUUUGUAAAUUACGCGCCGAUACCAAAUGCGAUAUAUUUUUAUUGACUUUGUUUUGACCGCUCGCGCGUGGAACACCAUUCACAACGCCUGAUUCUUUAAAAAAAAACCAAGAUUUUCGCGACCAGAAAGAAUCCAAGAUCUUCGCGGAACGAAGGCCAUUUUGAUAAUGGUCGUGUUUGUGGUCAGUGUGUGAGGUUUGUAGGCCUGUUUGACUUUUUUAUCUUCUAAAAGCCUUAUAUAUUUGUAAUAUUUGUUUUCUGUUUGUUUUCAAUGUUAGGAUAAAUAUAUUGUCACGUUUUUUAGCCACGUACAGAUCUUAAACGCACCAGUUUUAGGAUGUUUGGCUAGGAACGAAGAUUAGCUAGCUAUAGCUACUAGCUAGCUAGAGCCUCACUUAUUGCUAUUCUGUAUGGUAUAAGAGCUUUUUAUCCUAGCCAACAUUUAUUUUUAUGUUGAGGCUGUGGCUAUUUAGCUAGCUCCUUAAAAAGUGAAAGUAUAAAAAUGCAGUUUGGCUACAACAAUAUUCUUAAGCAAUAUAUAAUUUUUAUGCUAAAUGCAGUUAGCUAGCUAGGUAUAGCUACAUAUUUUAUUAUUUUUCUGCAAACUUUUUCUGCAAAUGAAAUGGCUGAGCGAUUGUUUUGGCUGGACGAGUAACGACAGGCUGUUCCCUGUGUUUUUAUUUAAACCGAAGUUGCAAUGAACAUUUUUGGAAAAGGGUAAUACGCCUUAUGCGCCUGUUCAACUGUGUUUAACUGUACUAAGCGGUUAGCCCAGUGUUAAAAACAGACUGUUUUUUGUAAAAGGCUGUUACGCCUAUGGGCAUGUGCAACACCGUUUACCUGUAUAUACUAAGGUCAGCCCACCACUGUGACAAUUAAUUUUUAAACUUUCUUGGGAAUCACGCCUGGACUAACCGCUCAGCCCUGUGUCUGCGAGAAAGUUUUUUCAAAAGGGUAUUAUUACUAUACGCUGUACAACACGGUUUAACUGUACUAAGCGCUCAGCCCAGUGUCACGAUUAAUUUUUUAACUUUUAAAAAGACUUUUCCACAAAAUAAAAUAAUAUUGACCGAUUGUUUUUGCUAUGAUGGAGUAAAAACACUUUGUAAACUCUGUUUUUAUAUCAGUUAUCGUUGCGGGAAAGUUAUUUUUUGAAAAAUAUGUUACAGUCGCACACUAUAAUGGUGUAUGCGCUUCAAAUGAUUAACGACAUACUGUAUACCUGUACUAAAGCGCUCCACCUGAUCGUGUGGGACAGUUUACAGCUCUUAUUAAGCGCUCCACAGAGUGUUCAAUGCCGGAUCACACCUUUACUUAAAACUUAACCCGGCGUUUCGACGCCGGGUUUCCCGGCUAGUCUCUUUAAUAAUAGCCGUCGUCUGUCUGUCUCUGCGCAACAUGGCGGAGCGAGUAGCGAGACCCGCCGAAAAUCCCCGCGGCCCUGCAGCUUUAUUUCGAAUCCCCGGCAGACCCCGUUUUUUUACCGGCCUUGCUUUGCCGCUCAUUGCAAUAAACCAAUCACAAGGCUCCAUUUUCACUAAUGACCAAUCCAAGUGCUUCGCGGCCUCAACAUGCCGACGGGAGGAAACAUGCUACCCCUACGAAGGCCAUUUUGGUUUGGAAGUGAUGGUGUGAAGUUUGUAGGUUUCCUUUCAAUCCUCCUUAUUUCUUCUGAGUACUUUUUAUCCUAUAGGAUUAUUUAGUUUGUUUUCACAUGUUAAGGUGAAUAUUUCAUCACGUUUUCUAGCUACGUAUAAAUCUUAAACAAACCAAUUUUAAGUUUUUGGCUAGCUAUAAAACGUACAUUUUGAGGCAGCUAGCUAUAGCUAGCUAGCUUUAUUUAUUCCUAUACUUUUAAAGUUUUUAUUCAGUUUGGUAUAUUAUUAUUUAUUUUUAUGUUGAAGUUGGGUCUACCUAGCUAGCUCCUCUUUUAGCUACAUCCUGCUAAAAAGUGAAAGUAGCCAAAUGCAGUUUGGCUGCAAGUGAAAGUAGCCAAAUGCAGUUUGGCUGCAACACAAUUCUUAACAAUUCUUAUGCUAAAUGCAGUUGGCAGCGGCCACUUUUAUUACUGAUUUAAAAAUUUAUUAUUCAAAAUAAAGUUGCUGAGUAAUUUUUUAAACUGAACCGGGUUAAUGCCAGGCUGUUCACUGAUUUCUUUUAAAACCGAAGCGAUAAGGAUUUUUGGAAAAUGGUAUUACCCCUAUGCUCAUGUAUGACACGAUUCACCUGUUAAGCGCUCAGCCUGGUGUUAACGACGGGCUGUUUCCUGUGUUUUUAUUUAAACCGUUGUGAUAAAUUUUAUUUGGAAAAUUUUAUUACGCCUGUUACUCAUGUAUGACACAAUUUACAUGUUAAGUGCUCCGCCUGGUGUUAAUGACGUGCUUUUUCCGUGUUUUUAUUUAAUCCGUUGUGAUAAAGUUUUUUUACCUGCAAUAAACAUUCAACCUGGUGUUAACAACAGGGUGUUUUGUGUGUUUUUUAUUUAAAUUGAAGUUGCGAUAGGUUUUUUUGGGAAAAGGCUAUUAUGGCUAUAACGCAUGUGUGACACCAUUUACCUGUACUAAGUGCUCAGUCCGGUGUCAUGAUUAAUUUGUUAAGGUUUCCUGAAACGUACUCCGCAAAAUAAAAUAAUAUUGACUAUUUUCUUUUCUUAUGAUGGGGUAACAACAGGUUGUAAACUGUGUUUUUAUUUUGGUUAAAGUUGCAGUAAAGUUAUAUAUAUACAUAUAUUUUAAAAAGUACAUUACAACCGAAACACUAUAAUGUUGUGUGAGCUUUACUCAAUUCACGGCAUAUUCUGCAUACCUGUACUAGAGCACUCAAAUUAUGGAUUUUUAUUAGUUUUUUUAUGGGGUAACGACUGGAUUUUUCCUUUGUUUUAAGUUAAACCAAAAUGCAGUAAAGUUUAUUAUGAAAAGGGUAUUAUGCGUUCUCAGCCCACUGUCAUGAUUAAGUUUUGAACUUUUAAGGAAACUUAUUCCGCAAAAUAAAAUAAUAUUGCCCGAUUGUUUUUGCUAUGGCAGAGUAACAACGGUUUGUAAACUGUUUUAAUUCAGCUUUUGUUGCGGGAAAUUAUUUUUUUUUAAAUAUCUUACAGUCGCAACACUGCAAUGGUGUGUGCCCUCCACUUGAUUUACGACAUACUGCAUACCCGUACUAAAGCGCUCCACCUCACCGGGUUGCACAGUUUGCGGUUCUUAUUAAGCGCUCCUCAAGGCGUUCAACAACAGUUACUUGUGGCUUAACCCGGCGUCGAAACGCCGGGUCUCCCGGCUAUCUCUAUAAUAAUAGCCGUCGUCUGUCUGUCUCUGCGCGGACCCCGCUAAGUUAGAAAAUGAUGUUACGGAAACACGAAUAUCAAAUGCGAUAUAUUCUUAUCCACUUUGUUGCCACGGGUAAAUUCAAAGGACGGGCGAACCCGUGGAUUUUUCCACGGGCAACGACUAGUCUCUAUUAUAAUAGCCGUAUUUUGUCUGUCUCUGCGCAACAUGGCGGAGCAAGUAGCGAGACCCGCCGAAAAUCCCCGCGGCCCUGCAGCUUUAUUUCGAAUCCCCGGCAGACCCCGUUUUUUACCGGCCUUGCUUUGCCGCUCAUUGUAAUAAACCAAUCAUGAGGCUCCAUUUUCACUAAUGACCAAUCCAAGUGCUUCGCGGCCUCAACAUACCGACGGGAGGAAACAUGCUACCCCUACGAAGGCCAUUUUGGUUUGGAAGUGAUGGUGUGAAGUUUGUAGGUUUCCUUUCAAUCCUCCUUAUUUCUUCUGAGUACUUUUUAUCCUAUAGGAUUAUUUAGUUUGUUUUCACAUGUUAAGGUGAAUAUUUCAUCACGUUUUCUAGCUACGUAUAAAUCUUAAACAAACCAAUUUUAAGUUUUUGGCUAGCUACAAAACGUCCAUUUUGAGGCAGCUAGCUAUAGCUAGCUUUAUUUAUUCCUAUACUUUUAAAGUUUUUAUUCAGUUUGGUAUAUUGUUCUUUAUUUUUAUGUUGAAGUUGGGUCUACCUAUCUAGCUCCUUUUAGCUCUACCUCUGGCUAAAAAGUGAAAGUAGCUAAAUGCAGUUAUAGGCAGCUACCAAUUUUAUUACUGCUAUGAAAGCUUAUGCUGAAAAAUAAAAUUGCUGAGUAUAUAUUUUUUUAACUGAACUUGAUAACGACAGUCGGUUUCCUGAUUUUUUUUUAAACUGAAGUCGCGAUAAAGUUUUUUUAAAAAUGGUGUUAUGCCUAUACUCAUGUGCGACACAGUCUAGCUGUACUAAGCGCUUAGUCCGGUGGUAACAACGGGCUGUUUCCUGUGUUUCUGUUUAACCGAAGUUGUGAUAAUGUUUUUUACAGAAAAAAAGUACACACUGUUUACCUAUACUAAGCGCUCAGCUUAACAUUUUUUUGAACUUUUCCCGGGAACAUUUCCUGAAAAAUGAAGAAGGUUGGCCAGCUGCUUUCGCUAUGACGGGGUAACAUUGAAUUGUAAUCUGGGUUUUUAUUUUACCUAAGUUGUCGAAAGUUAUUUUUUGAAUAGUAUAUUACACCGGAAACACCAUAAAGUUGUGUGCACUUCACUUGAUUUUCUACACACUAUAUGGCUGUACUAAAGCGCUUUACCUGAAUGUGUGGCACAGUUGACGGUUCUUAUUAAUCACUCAAUCUGGUGUUUAACGCUGGGUAACACAGCUACUUGUGGCUUAACCCGGCGUUUCAACAGAGUGUAUUCUGUGUUUUGUAAACCAAAGCUUCAAUAGUUUUUUUGAAUAGGGUCUUUAGCCUAAACGCAUGUGUCGCACGAUUUACCUGUACUAAGUGCUCAGUCCAGUGUCACAAUUAAUUUGUUAACCUUUACUGAAACUUAUUUCGCAAAAUAAAAUAAAAUUGACCAAUUGUUUUUCCUAUGACGGGGUAACAAAUGGUUGUAAAUUGUGUUUUUAUUUUGGCUAAAGUUACAGUAGAGUUAUAUUUUCAAAAAUACACUACAGCCGAAACACUAUAGUGUUGUGUGUGCUUUACUCGAUUAACGACAUACUGCGUACCUGUACUAAAGCGCUCCAUCUGACCGUGUAGUACAGUUUACGGCUCUUAUUAAGCGCUUCACAUAGUGUUCAAUGGCGGGUCACACCUUGACUUGUGGCUUACCCCGGCGUUUCGACGCCGGGUUUCCCGGCUAGUCUCUUUAAUAAUAGCCGUCGUCUGUCUGUCUCUGCGCAACAUGGCGGAGCGAGUAGCGAGACCCGCCGAAAAUCCCCGCGGCCCUGCAGCUUUAUUUCGAAUCCCCGGCAGACCCCGUUUUUUUACCGGCCUUGCUUUGCCGCUCAUUGCAAUAAACCAAUCACAAGGCUCCAUUUUCACUAAUGACCAAUCCAAGUGCUUCGCGGCCUCAACAUGCCGACGGGAGGAAACAUGCUACCCCUACGAAGGCCAUUUUGGUUUGGAAGUGAUGGUGUGAAGUUUGUAGGUUUCCUUUCAAUCCUCCUUAUUUCUUCUGAGUACUUUUUAUCCUAUAGGAUUAUUUAGUUUGUUUUCACAUGUUAAGGUGAAUAUUUCAUCACGUUUUCUAGCUACGUAUAAAUCUUAAACAAACCAAUUUUAAGUUUUUGGCUAGCUAUAAAACGUACAUUUUGAGGCAGCUAGCUAUAGCUAGCUAGCUUUAUUUAUUCCUAUACUUUUAAAGUUUUUAUUCAGUUUGGUAUAUUAUUAUUUAUUUUUAUGUUGAAGUUGGGUCUACCUAGCUAGCUCCUCUUUUAGCUACAUCCUGCUAAAAAGUGAAAGUAGCCAAAUGCAGUUUGGCUGCAAGUGAAAGUAGCCAAAUGCAGUUUGGCUGCAACACAAUUCUUAACAAUUCUUAUGCUAAAUGCAGUUGGCAGCGGCCACUUUUAUUACUGAUUUAAAAAUUUAUUAUUCAAAAUAAAGUUGCUGAGUAAUUUUUUAAACUGAACCGGGUUAAUGCCAGGCUGUUCACUGAUUUCUUUUAAAACCGAAGCGAUAAGGAUUUUUGGAAAAUGGUAUUACCCCUAUGCUCAUGUAUGACACGAUUCACCUGUUAAGCGCUCAGCCUGGUGUUAACGACGGGCUGUUUCCUGUGUUUUUAUUUAAACCGUUGUGAUAAAUUUUAUUUGGAAAAUUUUAUUACGCCUGUUACUCAUGUAUGACACAAUUUACAUGUUAAGUGCUCCGCCUGGUGUUAAUGACGUGCUUUUUCCGUGUUUUUAUUUAAUCCGUUGUGAUAAAGUUUUUUUACCUGCAAUAAACAUUCAACCUGGUGUUAACAACAGGGUGUUUUGUGUGUUUUUUAUUUAAAUUGAAGUUGCGAUAGGUUUUUUUGGGAAAAGGCUAUUAUGGCUAUAACGCAUGUGUGACACCAUUUACCUGUACUAAGUGCUCAGUCCGGUGUCAUGAUUAAUUUGUUAAGGUUUCCUGAAACGUACUCCGCAAAAUAAAAUAAUAUUGACUAUUUUCUUUUCUUAUGAUGGGGUAACAACAGGUUGUAAACUGUGUUUUUAUUUUGGUUAAAGUUGCAGUAAAGUUAUAUAUAUACAUAUAUUUUAAAAAGUACAUUACAACCGAAACACUAUAAUGUUGUGUGAGCUUUACUCAAUUCACGGCAUAUUCUGCAUACCUGUACUAGAGCACUCAAAUUAUGGAUUUUUAUUAGUUCUUUUAUGGGGUAACGACUGGAUUUUUCCUGUGUUUUAAGUUAAACCAAAAUGCAGUAAAGUUUAUUAUGAAAAGGGUAUUAUGCGUUCUCAGCCCACUGUCAUGAUUAAGUUUUGAACUUUUAAGGAAACUUAUUCCGCAAAAUAAAAUAAUAUUGCCCGAUUGUUUUUGCUAUGGCAGAGUAACAACGGUUUGUAAACUGUUUUAAUUCAGCUUUUGUUGCGGGAAAUUAUUUUUUUUUAAAUAUCUUACAGUCGCAACACUGCAAUGGUGUGUGCCCUCCACUUGAUUUACGACAUACUGCAUACCCGUACUAAAGCGCUCCACCUCACCGGGUUGCACAGUUUGCGGUUCUUAUUAAGCGCUCCUCAAGGCGUUCAACAACAGUUACUUGUGGCUUAACCCGGCGUCGAAACGCCGGGUCUCCCGGCUAUCUCUAUAAUAAUAGCCGUCGUCUGUCUGUCUCUGCGCGGACCCCGCUAAGUUAGAAAAUGAUGUUACGGAAACACGAAUAUCAAAUGCGAUAUAUUCUUAUCCACUUUGUUGCCACGGGUAAAUUCAAAGGACGGGCGAACCCGUGGAUUUUUCCACGGGCAACGACUAGUCUCUAUAAUAAUAGCCGUCGUCUUUCUGUCUCUGCGCGGACCCCCCGCUGAGUUAGAAAAUGAUGUUACGGAAACACGAAUAUCAAAUGCGAUAUAUUUUUAUCCGCUUUGUUGCAACAGGUAAAUAUAAAGGACGGGCGAACCCAUGGAUUUUUCCACGGGCUAACGACUAGUCUAUAUUAUAAUGCCCGUAUACGUCUGUCUGUCUCUCACGCAAAAUGGUAGCUUAGCUGCGCAAUAGCGAGAAGCACGCAAUGCGGUAUAAAAAGGACGGGCGAAUCCGUGGAUUUUCCACGGGCUAACGACUAUUCUUAUAAAAAAGCGGGUGUACUAAAUAAAAGUGUUUCGUUUCUCUGAUGUAAUCAUUGAACUUAUUCAUGGGACAUUUUUUUCCUUUUCAGCAAUGAAGUAAAUCUCAAAGCUUGUUUGUAAAAAAUACGUGUACUUAAAAAACGGGCACCGCUGGCGAAAAGAAUGCGGAAUUGAAACACGUAGUUGUUUUCCGAAUUAACAUCGCUAUUUUCCGCAUUUUUAAAUUUGUUAAUUCCGCAAGGUUAAUUUUUUUUAAUUAGCAAAUGAAGUUCGAAAACAGGCAAGGAUAGGAUAAGAUUUUAUUAUUCUAUGCAAAAACAUAAUCAUUGGAGAAGUAAAACGGAAAUAUUCCGAAAUACAAAAUACUUCAGCCUGAUUACCUUUCAAAAAUUUUGGCCUCUUUUGCAAAACUUUUAAAAGUGACUUUGCGAGAAAUUUUAUUUAGUGAAGCUUUCUAAAUCGUAAAUUUAUGAAAGUAAAAACAAGACCAAAAGUGCCUGGUUAAAAAAUUAAUCCAAAUUUGUUUCUAACGUUUUCUUUAAAAAUUCAAGAAUCUAUUGGAAAGAAAAACUUCGUUCGACUGGCUUGUGGCUACCAAACACCACCUAUUCACAGGCGCUAUCCCAAUACUGCACAGCGCGGGAACUUUUGCUUGCUGCGUUUCCGCCCUGGGGUGAUACGUUCCUCAUUAUCGAACCUGGUACUACAUAAAUUAGCCCCUGUAGACCAUGUUGACACUGAGCUUAGUGUGGACGCCUGAUCGACAUAGACAACUGACCGAUAGUGGUCCCGACCUCAAGUCGUUCGUAAGUUUAGUCUCCAAAUAGCUGGAUUACAGGUGCACGCCACUACACCCAGCUGACGGAAACAGGUAAAAAGUAUAAACUUAAAGCUUUCUUAUUUUUCCGAAAAUUCAAAAGAAAAAAAGUUUACUAUUAUCAACUUGAUUUUACAUUUUUUCGUGCAGGAUGGUGUUUAAAACAUAAAAAUAAAAUUCGAGAUCAGCCGUAGUUUCAAAUUACACGCGCUUUGUUCCAUAAAAUAUUCCUCACCAUAUGAA